GCCUUGUCCAUCCAGAAUGUGGAUGAUCAGCAGAGAGUCUGACCCUCAUGGUACCAGUCAGUCCUACCUGGGUCAGUUGACCUCAGAGGCAAGACCUGAACUGCAGUCAGAUGGUAUGUUAUUUUUGUGAACGAGAAGAGAAGCUGCAGCUGAGAGAGGAGCACCUGGACCUCCCCUUCACUGAGAUCAGCCGCAUGCUGGGGCUGCAGUGGUCCCAACUGGGCCCCAACGACAAGCAGAAGAAGAACCAAGAGGCAGAGAAGGACAAGCAGCACUACAUCACAGGCCUGACAGACUACCAGAACACUGAGGCAUACAAAGACUUCCUGCAGAAGAAAGCCCUGAGCAGGGGACCAAAGCUCUGUGGACCCCAAGGAGCUGACACUGAGAUGGAGGAGGAGACCAUGGCUCCGGAUCCCAUAGAUGGGUCUGACUGUAGUGAUUUGUUCUGUCAUACCUGUAAUCAGUACUUCAGCUCUCUGCACAACAAGAAAGAACACCUUCUGGGCAAACAACAUCUGCAGGCCCUCACAGAGGAGUUUGAGAAGGACACAGGCAGCCAACAGCAGGCUCCAGAGAUGGAGAGAGGCCCUGUGGAGGAGGAAGAGGAGGAUGAUGAAGAGGAGGCAGAGUUGGCUCGUACGUGGGGUCUGUCCUCUCUGGACUUCAAUGUGCUGCAGGAGCUGCUGCUUAGACACAUGAAGCGUAAGAGCUACUGACCAGCACUGACCACAUUUACAACUUUGACACAAACAGUGUGCUGGCCUGUCAGCUCCACACCCUCACUCUGCAACCACUGUUGUUCCACACAGACAGAGGUGACAGAGAGAAAGAGAGGGACAUGACAGAUGGAGGGAAAUAAAAAGAGAGAGACCGAAAGAGUGGGAGAGAGCGAGACAGGAAAGAGGGCAGCAGUUCUAUACAUGAAACCUGAUUAGUAGAUUACUGCAUCCAGUUGGAGGGGAUGUGGGUGUUUACUGCUCGGGCACUUUCCAUUCACACUCUGUGACACAAACACACUUUCUGUGUAGUACCUUUGCUCUUGUGUUUCUGAAUGCACACACACACCCACACAUGUUUGGUCUUACUGUGCUUUGUGGGGACCUACACAUUUUUUCCCCAUUCAAAAUCAGAUUUUCCUUAACCCUCAAACCUAACAUUAACCCUAACCUUAACUCAUAACCCUAACCCUAAUUCUAACCCUUACCCUAAAAUAGCCUUUGUCCUCUUGGGGACUUGGGAAAUGUCCCCACGUGGGAGAAUGUUCCUUGUUUAACUAUCCUUGUGGGUAUUUCCGGUACCCACGAGGAUAGUAAUAUAAGUACACACACACACACACACACACACACACACACACACACACACACACACACACACACACACACACACACACACACACACACACACACACACACACACACACACACACACACACACACACACACACACACACACACACACACACACACACACACACACGUUCCCAUGGAUUGAGUAAUAAACUCAAGCCGGAGGUUUGGAAUAAUUUGCUUGUUAUGAGGCCAAUCCCUUUCAUUGUGCUAAUCUCCAUCAGGGUAUUAGGUCUUCGCCCAGCCAGGACAGGGAGGGUUACAGAUGGAGAACAGCGGGGCUGGAGCUAACAUCAGUUACUUAGUGGUUCAUGGUCGAGAUCACAGUAGUGUUUUGUUCCAAACAAUAGACUCUCUGACCCUCCUAUCAGCUCUAUCAUCCUUUCCUUGUCCCCGUCAGGUGGUGACUGGUUUAAAACGAUAGGACAGGGUCCAGCCUCAUGUUAGGUAUUCACUGUAUUGAUGUCAGCUAUUAUACAGUUCAUUCAAAUCAGGGAUCAGGAAGGAAUGGCGAUUAAGAAAAAGAGAGAUGUCGACUAUGGUAACAGAAAUACGAUUUGUAUUCAAUAGAAAGAGUUACAGUAUUUACAGAACUGACGCAGCCCUGUCUCUAGGUAACAGGCUUCUGCAGAAACAGGCUCUGCCCAUCGCUGCCCUGGCGAAUUGAUGAGCAGAGCCGCACAGGAAGAAGGGAACCUCAGGUAUCCAUAGCAACCAGCCAGGGGUCGUGUGAGAACGGACAGUGACUGAGUAGAUUAACAUCUGUAUGUGUCAGCAACAUAAUGAAUGUGGCCCUAGUAUCCACUACUUUGUAGGGAAGGGAGCAGUUUUUCAGAAUGGAACCAAGCCUGAGUACCACAGCGCCAUAUUGACAGGAGUGGUAACUUGUGACUGAGAUGCUGCUGUGAUAAUGAUGAUAGAUAGGAUUUACAUGGUGUUUUUCCAAGAGCUCAAAGAGCUUUACAUUGUAACAGGAAGCCCAGCACAGCCAGUGUGCUCAUGUGUGAUGUAGCUCCCUGCCAGAUUGCAGUUUGGAGUGUGACUGUUUGAGGUUGUGGACAGGUGUCUUUUAUACUGAUAAGUACAAGUUCAAACAGGUGCCAUUAAUACAGGUAACGAGUGGAGGACAGAGGAGCCUCUUAAAGAAGGUCUGUGAGAGCCAGAAAUCUUGCUUGUUUGUAGGUGACCAAAUACUUAUUUUCCACCAUAAUUUGCUAAUUAAUUCAUUAAAAUUCCUACAAUGUGA